AGAAGAAGAAGAAGAAGAAGAAGAAGAAGAAGAAGAAGAAUAACGGGUUUGAACUUCACGCCUGAAAUACAAUGACUUUCGCUAUAAAUGUUGUCAAGCCUGAGUAGUUAAAAAUUUAAAAUCCCAUAAAAAUGGAGGAGAAGAGUUACAGUAGGGUCUGCAUCACAGGAGGAUCUGGAUUUAUUGGUUCCUGCCUUGUCAAAAAGCUUCUGGAGAAAGGUCAUACCGUCCAUGCAACUCUGAGGAACCAAGGGGACACCUCCAAAGUAGAUCUCCUGAAGUCCUUUCCAAAUGCAGAGAACAAAUUAGUGCUGUUUCAAGCUGAUAUUUACAAUCCCACUGAGUUCGAACCUGCAAUUACAGGGUGUGAAUAUGUUUUUCAUGUGGCUACCCCAAUGUUACAUAACACCCAAAGCUCUCAGUAUAAGGAUACGGUUGAAGCGGCUGUUGCCGGGGUUAGGGUCAUCGCUGAUGCUUGUAUCCGGUCGAAAACCGUGAAGCGGCUCAUCUACACUGCGUCUGUAAUGUCCUCUUCACCUUUGACAGGAGAUGGAGUCUGUUUCAAGUCUUGUAUUGAUGAAACCUGUUGGACACCUUUUGAUGUUUCCUUCACUUAUGCCAAUGACUUUACAAUGGGAUACAUUAAAUCAAAGACACUAGCAGAGAAAGAGAUUCUGAAUUAUAAUGAAUAUGAUAAUAGUAGGCUUGAAGUUGUAACACUUGCUUGUGGCCUAGUGGGAGGAGAAACACUUCUUCCUUAUGUACCAUCAUCUGUGGAAACAAUUUUAUCUCUGCUUUCGGGCAAUUUAUUUUUCUCAAAUGCAUUGAAGUUUUUGCAAGAACUUUGGGGUUCAAUUCCUCUUGUUCACAUUGAAGACAUUUGUCAAGCACAUAUCUUCUGCAUGGAAAACCAAUCAAUGAAAGGUAGAUUCCUCUGUGCUGCCACAAAUCCAACCAUAAGAGCGAUUGCAAGUUCCUUCCAAGAAAAGUUUCCAGAAUAUCAGAUAGCGAAAGAAUUCAUUGAAGGACCAGAUAAAGGAGUUACAUUUGAUUCUACAAAGCUAAUGAAGAUGGGUUUUGAGUAUGCAUAUGAUACAAAGAAGAUAUUAGAAGAUAGCGUGGCAUGUGGAAGGCGAGUCAGAUAUCUAAUCAAAUGAGCAUUCUGAACUCUUGAGGAAAUGUAUUAAUAAUUUGAAAAAAUCUAAAAACACAACUUUUGUACCAUAACUCUUGUCAUAAUGUGAUUGAUUAUGAGCAAGGGAAAAAAAGUAGUGAAUUUAUGUAAAAAUGAUUGUUCAUCACUCAUAGUCAAUCACUUCAACAAGUUGUAAUAAUUGGCAAAUGAUAUGAUCCAGUUGCAGAGCUAGGAUUUGAUUUCAA